AUGAGCCUGGGGACAACCCUCAGCGCCCUCUGGACUUGGGCCUCCCACCCCGAGCCGCUCGAGCCAGAUCGCGACAGGAGCCCGGGGCAAGCCGAGGGGCAGCCCGGGCCGAGGUCACCAGAACCGAAGUUGCUAGACGCGGGCCGGCAACCGGAAGUGAUCCAGGGAGAGUUAGCGAUCCCCUGGCUCGAGAGGCCGGCAUUCGCGGCGACGUCGCCUCAAAGGGCUGUCCCCCAAGAGCGUAGGCCGCGCACAGCUCUCUUCAGCGGGCGGGCAAAAUGGGCGACGUCGCUCAGGAGGCGCCUGCCCGGGCGCCCGGGCGCCGCUCACAGACUGUCUUCCUCGGCGCAGGCCAACCUCGCCGCCUCCCCGCCUCCCCGCCUCCCCACCUCCCCGCCUCCCCGCCUCCCCGCCGCCCCCGCCGCCCGGCUGCCGCUCGGACCUCCGCCCGCCAAGGACCUCCACCGCGACCGCCACGCCUGCCCCAACCGGCGCGGGAGCUUUCCAGGUGCUGCUGGGCGGGCCGCGCCCCCGCCCCGGGCCCCGCCCCCGCCCCCGCCCCCGCCCCUGCGGAACCGGAGGGGCAGGCCCGGCCUGGGCGGAGCGCGGGGUGCAAGGGAAGCGGCGCCGGAGCACCCGGUUGGUCAGGCCGAAGUGGGCCCGAGGAGGACGUGA